UGGGUGCUGCCCUGGUGGAGGGAGACAUGGGGUCUCUGCUGCUGCUGGCACUGCUGUGGGGGGUUGAGUGGGCACAGGGACAAUGGGGUGCAGGGGGAGAGAGGGCAGGGAUCCAGGGGCAGGGUCCAAGGAUAAACAUCCAAGCACCAGAUCCAGUGAUGGUGCAGGAGGGGCUGUGUGUCCUUGUGCCCUGCUCCUUCUACUACCCCUGGAGUUCCCAGAAUUACCACAACAUCCUCACUUACUGGUUCCGGGGUGAGGGUAAUCACCUCACUGCUACUCUUGUGGCCACAAAUUAUUAUUGGAAUAAAGUGAAGCCAGAGAUUGCGGGCAGAUUCAAACUUCUCAGCGACUCCACAAACAGCUGCUCCCUGAGCAUCACAGAUGCCAGGAAGGAGGACCAGGGAGCCUACUUCUUCAGAGUGGAGAGAGGAAAUGACAAAUAUAACUACAAAGAGAAGAAGCUGAACUUGCAGGUGACAGCUCAGCCUGACAUCGACUUUGAGAAGCCCCUGGUUUCUGGUCAGCCUGCAAGGCUGACCUGCAUUGUAUGGGGGUACUGUGAUGGGAAAGCCCCCCUGUUCUCCUGGCUGGGGGAUGCUCUUGACUCUCUGAGGUCCAAGAUUAAGAAUUCCCAAGUGCUCAGCUUCACCCCAAGACUCCAAGAUCACGGCAGCAACCUCACCUGUCAGGUGAAAGUCCCUCAGGCUCAAGUGAGCACAGAGAGAACCAUCAGACUCAAUGUGUCCUAUGCUCCGCGCUUUCUCACCGCCACACUUUCCCAGGGAAACCACACAGCCCUGAGGAGCCUGAGCCACCACAGCUCUGUGGUCAUCCAGGAGGGCCAGUCCGUGCGUCUGGUGUGUGCGGCUGACAGCAACCCCCCUGCCAGACUGAGCUGGAGCCUGGAUGGCAGAGUCCUGAGCCCCUCUGAGCCCUCAGAGCCCGGGGUCCUGGAGCUGCCCCACGCUGGGCCUGGGGAGCAGGGCCAGUUCACCUGCCAGGCCCACAACCAGCUGGGCACCCAGCACCUGUCCUUCAGUCUGUCCCUGCAGGGAAGCCUACCUCCCUGCACUUGCGCAGAGCAGGAGCAGGGUUCCUGGCCCCUGGUCCUCACCCUCAUCAGGGGAGGCCUCAUGGGGGCUGGCUUCCUGCUCACUUAUGGCCUCACCUGGAUCUACUACACCAGGUGCCCAGGCUCCUCCAGCAGACAGAACUAGGAGAGACUCAGACACUGAGCACCCAGGGGAGGGCACCUCUCAGCCCCCGGGACCCUCCCCCAGCUGACCUGCACAUCUGGAUGAGGGCUGGUCCCUGCACGGGAUGCUGAGUGGCCGCCCCAGUGGGAGAGACCAGCCCCACUGAGGCAGGAUGGGACCCUCCUGCUCCCAGAUGUAGGGGGCAGGUCUGCCUCAAGGGGCCACGGUAUUGACACCAGGCCUGAGCAGAGGGCUGGGUGCUCACAGCCCCUCUGGUGAGGGUGGGUGUGGGCAGGUUCCUCCCUCUGACCCUCUUCCCAGUCUGGACAGAGGACUGGACUGGCAUCAGGCUCAUAGUGAGAGAAAGAAAGAAAGAAAGAAAGAAUCUUCUGUGAACACAGGACAGGCUGGGGAGUCUCAGCAACCUCCCAGAUGGUGCUGGUCAUGCUCCCCCAUAGCUGUGUCAGGGGCUGGGGUGGAGCACAGGAGGUAGAGCGCAGUCCUUACCUGCCCACCUGAGGACCUGGGGACAGAAAUGAACACAUUACUAAAACCAUCAAUCAAUAAAUCUCUUAAAAAUGGCUCUCUGUCUCUGGAGAAACAACCUUCUUGCCUGAGGUGCUGAGGCCCCAGGGUCAAUUCCUAGAACCACCGGGAGCCAUUGCUGAGCAGUGUUGUGGUUGAAAUUAAAUGAGUUGAUUCAAUAAGAAAUUGCUUUGUUCCUGCAGAAGACUUUGGGUAGGAGAAAAGGAGGAUCACUAGGCAGUUAUCCUCCCUCCCCUGA